UUUUGGCAUCAUUUAGAUACAUUUAAUAUGAUUUGUUAAUUCGAAGAAAACGUUGCUCUUCACAAGAAAUGCUAAAGCUUCUUCUAAGAGCAUUUACCCCUUCAUUCUAAGAGCUGCCAAAGUAGAAAAGAAUGGACAAACCGAAGUCGAGGGAAGACAAAGAUAAGGAUCCGUUCCAAGCUGCGAAGGAAGCGGAAGCUCGAAUCCUGAAGCUUCAAGCAGAUGUGCAUCACCUGAAGCAGAGGAUUCAACUAUCUGAAUCGGAAGAAAGAGCUGAAAAAGAAGAAUGUGAUAAGAAAAUAAACGAAAAUAAAGAUCGGAUCAAGAAACUCGAAUCACAACUGGAGGAACUGCAAAUAAGCAAAAACAAAGGCCUGCGGGGUGAUGAAAGAAUUAUUGCAAAAGCCUUCAGGAAACAUUCCAGAGAGAUCGGAAUCAUCGCGGGAAAGUCGGGAAAAGAGGCUGUGGAGAUUCUGGAUGGCAAAAUUCUCGAUUUGAUAAAGAGGAGUAAUGCCUUAUCCCAUGAUCUCAAAGUAAAAGAAAGGAGAUUAGCUUCUUUGAAAGAGAAGUCGAAAGACAUGGCCUGGAGCAUUUACAAUGAGUUUGAGUUGGAUGCGCCGGAAUCUCAAACAAUGCAUCGAAUAAGAGAAUUGGAAAACGAAUACCAGAAAGUGGAAAAGAAUUUGAUGGAGUGUCAAGUAACAAAUGGAAAGUAUAAGGCCAUUCAGGAGCAGUUAAAAAGGGAAUUAGAUGCAUAUCCAACUCUACUAGAGGAGCUUGAAAACGAGUACCGAGAACAACGGACUGAUAUUGAAAGACUGGUAGCUAGCGAAGAAAAAGCUCAGGAACGAAGGGAGCGGGCCAGAAAGGAGCUGUCUGUGAUCGAAUCGCAGGCUCUAAAAGCUCGCCAAGAAAAAGAGCGCAUCAUUGCCGAGUUCAAUAAAGCUCUCAAACCUAAGCAGAUGUCGACUGAACGUAAAUCAGUGGAGUUAAGAGAUACAACAGCAGCGGAAGGGUGGAGAAAUUUACGUGAGGAGCAAGAAAAAGAACUUAAGAAAUUUCACGAGGCGUUCGAAAAAAUUAAAGAAGCAAUCGGAAUUUCUGACAUAAAUGAUGCAGAAGAGCGUUUCAUAACUCAAAAGAAUACUCAAGAAGAAUUAAAUGAACUAGUAAAGAGAGCCGAAAAAAGACUGGAAGAAAUGAGAGAGGAAACAAAAGAAUUGCAAUCUAGAAACGAAAGCUUACGUGGAGCAGAACUGGCUGCACCACAAGUUAUUUUAGAAGAAGAACUCGAGAAGGCAAAGUUGAAGCAAGAGGAGCAACAACGUCGCAAGAGAGCUGCAGAAACAGAGCUAGAAAGAAUAAUAAAGCUGUCAGCUGACAUAAAAUCAGGAUUGUGGUAUCAGCUGCAACUCAUGGAAAAGUACAUGCGAGAGGAUGAAGAAACGAUUGUAACCACGCCUCCGGAUACGGAAGUGCUUGGUAUCGUAACGAAAAUGGAGGCCAUGUUGGAAGUGAUGCAAGAAAAGCUAAAAGGUGAAGAUAUAGAAGAGUUGAAGAAGAAACUUGCAGAGGAGCAAUUCCUUCAAAAAGUGGAAACCGUGAAACUUUUACCUACACCUGGUAGAAGGAUCAAAGCAGCUGAAGAAGAAGAAUCUAGCGAUGACGAAGAUUUCGAGAAGAAGAGGUCAAAUCUGAAAAAAGAAGCGCAGAUAUAUGCAGAAAUGAAAAAGAAACAGCAAGGCAGAGGAAGAAUGAUGAUGCUCUGAGACUUCUUACUCUUUCGCUGCGGAUUGCUAUUAAUCACAGCAAAAACAUGACUUGCGCUGAUCGCAAAAAUUUCAUUUAGUAUUUUAUGAGUUUUUUUGUAAUUAAUGUGAUUCUUCAAGAAAGAAAUGUACUCUCUUUUAUGUUAAAAAUGCUUUUUGG